AUGUCUCAACAACACACUCCACAAUUUUUGUCAUCUCCUCUUCCGAGGCUCAUUCUUCAUUUUGAUGUCAAUAAAACCAUCAUUAUUUCUGAUGAAGCAGCUGGAAAAACCAUGGAUGAUAUAAUUAAUCAAAUUAUCAUGUCCAGCAUUUGGGGUUAUGUUUCCGAUUCAAAAGAUUUUGUGGUGAUUGAGUGGAAGCUUUUUAGCAAUGUAAAGGCUCUUUUAGAACAUUUAACGUCAUCCGAACACCAAAUUCCAAAAGGAAAGAAAAUCAUUAAUUACUACGAUUACAUUGAAAAAGUAUUGUAUCCUUAUCCAGAACAUGAUGCAUCUGUACCAUUAGAAGAGAGAAAACGCAUCAAUGGAAAGAUUAAAGAAGAACGUACAAGAAUGGUGAAAAACUUUUCACAAUGUAAAAUGGCAGAAGAUUUUUUGGAUGACAUUUCACGGUUGAAAACAAAUCUCAUUAGAAAGAGUUCAAAACAGAAUGGAAUCACGUUGGAAACAGCAACACCAAGUGACUAUGUGAACAUUGUUCCUGCUUUUUUUGAAGCUUUAUUGGAAUUGUUCAAGAGAAAGAGAGAUUUUCAGUUGAUCAUUCGAACUUUUGGAUCAUUGAAGGAUAUAACAUCAGUCAUUAAGGAAAUUAACACAUUUUGCAAAGGAGAACACAUUGAUUAUCCAUUGAAUGGUGAAGAGCGAGAAUUUUUCAAAAACAAGCAAAUUCAUAUGGAACAAGAUCAUGCUGUUGGAUAUAUUUAUAGAAAUGAUCCAGGCACGUGUCACUUGAUUGAAAAUUCUCUGGAGUUCAAACCAGAAAUGCUUCAAUUUGCAUCGAUUGAACAAAUGAUAUUUUCAGACAACGAGCGUGUAGUCAGUGGAUUUGAAAAUAUUUACAAGAAUAUUAUCCAAGUUUCGAAAACUGGCCAAACUCGAUUGAUACGAGAUUUCUACUAUUGGUGGAAUGUUAACAAUGAAAAAACAAGUGCUGGAAAGAUCUUUCUGGUAGAUGAAAAAGAUAAUUCUUGCUUCCAAAUUUUCUUUGAUGAUAAUGUUGCAUCAAAUUCAGAUUUUCCCAUCAAGGGUAUUUUAGAUUUGAGAAAUCCACACACUGGAAACUCGCUCGAUCAAGAAUUGUAUUUAAAUGUUCACACAGUCCAAUCCUAUGCAUUUGAUUUUAUUACCAAUUGCAAUUAUUACAUUGAAAAGAUUGAUCAAGCUGAAUCAUUGAAAAUGAACCAAUUGAUUUGA